AUUUUGUUAACAGGAAGUCGUGCGCUCGUGCGCCUGCAGUGGGCGUGUGUACGUGAGCUGUCAGCUGACUGACAGAGUAGACCUGUAGUCGCCGUCACAACACAUACAUGUAGCAGACUGGCCUUCCAUUCCGCCGCGGUGGUUUACGUUUCCUGGCAUCAGGAUCGUGAAAGGUUCGUGGAAACUCGACCGAUGGCGGACGGAGCUCCACCGCCGGUGCUGGAGCCAUGCCUGCUGAACGAAAUCCGAGACUUCCACGAUGUUGUGAUCACGGCGGUUUUUCUCCCCAAAGGAGAUGGAUUAAUCAGUCUGUCUGAAGACGGAACUAUUCAGGUUUGGCUGAAGAGAAAAGGCGACCAGUACUGGCCCAGCAUUCACCACACAAUGCAAACAUCGUGUUCCUGCAUGGCCUUCAGUCCAGAGACCAGAAGACUGUUUGUAGGCACAGUCGCUGGAAAUAUCUGUGAGUUCUCCCUUUCAGAAGACUACAACAAGAUGACCCCGGCUCUCACAUACAGUGACCAUCAAGGAACCAGGAUGACGGUGGUGCUCUUUGUGUUGGAGGUGGAGUGGCUGCUGAGCACUAGACAGGACAAAAACUUAACCUGGCACUGUUCAGAGAGCGGCCAGCUGCUGGGGACGUAUAACACAACCGCAUGUGUGUCAGGACUGCAGUUUGACGUUGAGACCAGGCACGCCUUUGUAGGUGACCAGUCUGGUCAGGUGACCAUCCUAAAGCUGGAGCAGGACAGAUGCAGCCUAGUUACCACCUUCAAAGGACACACAGGGAAUAUCACAGCACUAUGUUGGGAUCCCAUCCACAGGAUGCUGUUCUCAGGCAGCACAGACCAGUCGAUCAUCAUGUGGGACAUUGGAGGACGAACAGGCACUGCUAUUGAGCUGCAAGGGCACAAGGACAAAAUUCAGGGCUUGUGCUAUGCUUCACUCACUCAUCACCUCAUCUCCUGCAGCUCAGAUGGGAGGAUCGUCAUCUGGGACAUGAAUGUGACACGAGAAGAGACCCCUGAGUGGCUGGACAGUGAUUCCUGUCAGAAAUGUGAGAAGCCAUUCUUCUGGAACUUCAAACAGAUGUGGGACAGGAGGAGGAUCGGCCUGCGACAGCACCACUGCAGGAAGUGUGGUGAAGCAGUGUGUGCCAAGUGUUCGUCCAAAAGCUCCCCCAUCCCCCUCAUGGGCUUUGAGUUUCCGGUGCGCGUGUGCAACACCUGUCAUGAGUCCAUCCCCGAGAAGGACCGAGCGUCCACGACCAGCUUUCACAACAGCGAGCACAACAUUGUUCACAUGCACUACGAGCCCACUAUUGGAACCCUGCUUACCUCUGGCACUGACAAGGUUAUCAAGGUCUGGAUGAUCCCUCGUUUUCAAUGAGCUCUCAGAGAAAUAUGGGAAAUGAAUCCAGUCCUCAAAUUUCCAGAAGAUAAACAGUUGGAAAGACACUCAGACAAUUAAUGGUGGUUUUAUAGCUCCCAAAGCUCCUGGUGGAGGAAAGCCUCUCAGGCAUCACCAGAAUCAUCGGGAUGGUUCUUAAACUAUUUAACAGCGACUCUCGCACCUUCAUAGUAGUUCUGCAGUAUGCUGCAGGCCAGCAAACCCUGAGAAGAAAACAGGCCGUCCUCAGUAAAAAGGUACCGAAAACUUGCGUGAAGAAAAAACAAUGUUCACAGAUCUCUUUGUACUCUGAGAUGCUUCGAGAAUUUACACUGUAUGCGUCAAAUUUAACUAAUUAAAUUAUGCUUAGUUUGAAUCAAGAAAUAGUUUAAAACAAGCAACUAAAGCCUUUCUUCUUUCCAUUUAAUGUAAUGUUUCUAGCUAGAGUUUUCUACAUUCUAAACUGGAUCAGUUCUCACUGGAAACACUGAAGAAGAUGGUAGAUUGGAGAAGUUUGAUCCAUCAGAUUCACAUUUCUAUCCAUUAUUCUGCAGCAGCAGUUCAGGGUUGUAGGUUGGAAAGUUGACCAGUGUUGCCCCCUGCUGGCAAUAAACCUGAAAAGCUACAGACACACCAGAUAUGUUCAAUUUAGCCCAUGGUGUUCACUAAGGGUGUGAAUUGACAAGAGUGCGGUGAUACGAUACUUAUCGCGAUACACAUGAUACAAUAUGUAUUCCGAUACAUCCAAGACAUUACCAGACAAUAUUUCACUAUUUUUUUAAAUUAUAACUUAAGAAUAAUUAAAAUAAGGAUACAUUUUUCAAAAAAUUAAACUGUAAAAACAUGUUAUUUAAUGAUCAGGACAUUAAGCAACUGUAUCUCAUGAACAAGUUGCUUUUACCCCAGCAAACUCAUUGCUUUUUCCCUUUGAUAAUUUAGGAAAUACUUAGGUGAAAAACAAAAGUAAGAUUUAACUCAAUGUUUUCUUUCAAAUAUUUAAUUAAAUAUCGCCUUGGCAGUAUUUUAAAUCGAUACAAGUAUCGCCAAAUAAAGUAUCACGAUAUUUUACUGAAUCGAUAUUUUCCUACACCCCUAGUGUUCGCUCUGGACAAGCAGAAAUGCGGUUCUUCUUUUUUUCUUUUGCUACUUUUUACUACACACAGUUGGAAGAGGUGCUCAAACUGCAAAUAUUCAUUUCUCCUCCGUGAUCAGUUUGCAAACAGUUGGCACUUCUGUUACUUAAAGAGGAUGCCCUCAAAGUUUGACCUGGUUUAACUUGCAACAUGCAUUUAAUGGAGCCUGAAAACGGUCUUAAAAAUGUGCGUAGCUAUGCUUGAAUACAAGAAUUUUCAAUGCGGAAGCCUGAAAUGCAUGUUUACCUUCUAAUGAUUAAAAUUUUCAGAGAGUGUGUGGCUCUUUCUGAUGACCUCUUCAUUGAAGUGUAUCAAUAAAGUAUAUUAAUGAGUGCCAGGAAUAUUUCUAGGCUUUAAGAUGUGAUAAAACGGCACAUAUUGCAAUUGAAGUUCGACACAAAUGUCCAUUUUCCUUGCAUACCGUAUUUUGCGUUUACUGAGUUUGUCAGCAGAAGUGCAAUUUUUAUUGUUAAAUUGAUUGGUUCUGUUUUUAAUGAUAUAUCAAGCUAAUAAAGGUGGUCAUUUCAACAUUAUUUAUAAAUAAGAUUUAUUUUAAAUACUGAGUAAUUAUUCAUAAAACGUAAUUUUGUGAAACUUUUCUCCAUGUCAUGAUCCAUAUGUUCAAUACCCACAGAAUUCAAAACAUAUGUUUUCCUGAAGAUUUUUUGGGGGACUUUAUUGAAAUAUUUGUUAUCAGGAUGGUUCAGUUUUCCAGGCCGUAAGGAAUAAGUGUACAAACUAAAAUAAUCUUAUUACUGUUAAUCUUAAUAAUAUUGUCAAAAUACAUUUGUUUCCACACUGAUUUUAUGGUAAAUCUAUUAUGAUUUUCUAAUGUGAGGAAGAGACUUUUAUUCAGAACCACAUUUGUGUUUUUAUGGUCAAAUAUUCCAACUUUAAUGGUCUUAAAUCUCUCUCUAUUCCAAAGAUGACCAAUUUAUAUUUUUUGAAUAAGCUCAUCUUAAACAUACAGACUUUACCUGUCUGAAAUGGCCUGUUUACUAGAAAUAUUUCUUUUAAAAUGAACUGGAUCGUUGUUGCUGUGAUUGUUGAAAGAACUGUUGAAAGGAAGUGAAUGAGUGAAAGAAAAAAACUGCAUUAAAAAGCAUGUAUGAUCUGUGAAAAAAAUGGUUAUAUAUAUUUUUACUUUCUACAUUUAAUAUACAUUGAAGGUCAGUGGCCUCUGUUGCCGAGAGCAGCCAUUAUUAGUAUCCAUUAAUGUAACUGUGUGAAUAAAUGACUUUUGGACUGUACCACCCA